AGAAAUAUUGAUAAAAAUGUUGACGCUUGACACGAUGGCCACAUUGUGGCGAUUAUUUGCUACUGUAGCACCAAGUGCUGUGUUUCUGGUUAUGUUACAUGAAGGAGUAUUACAAUACAGACCCGAUAUAGUCGAUCGUCCAAAUCGUGUACGUCCAACAAGAAUUGAACAUUUGCGAAAAACAUAUGAUUUCAUUAUAGUUGGUGGUGGUUCAGCGGGUUGUGUACUGGCUAACAGACUUUCCGAAGUAGCAGAGUGGAAUAUUUUACUAUUGGAAGCUGGUGGUGAUGAACCCUUUCUUGGUGAGUUACCACAAAUGUAUCCAGUUUAUCAACAUAGUCCAUGGGACUGGCAAUAUAGAACUGAACCGUCAGAACGUUACUGUUUAGCACAUCAGUAUGAACGAUGCUUUUGGCCGCGUGGUAAAGUAUUGGGCGGUUGUAGUGCUAUAAAUGCUAUGAUGUAUAUUCGCGGUAAUAAACGUGAUUAUGACAAUUGGGCUGAUUCGGGUAAUGUUGGUUGGAGUUAUGAUGAAAUUUUUAAAUAUUUUCUUAAGUUGGAAGAUAUGCGAGUGCCAGGUUUUGAAAAUGAUGAGUUUCAUAAUCGUGGCGGUCCGCUUACUAUAGAGAACUAUAGAUUUCCAUCACCAUUAUUGGACGUAUUUUUACUAUCAGCUAAGGAACUAAAUCUGUUAAAUCCUUUUGGCGAUUUUAAUGGACGUAGUCAGACUGGUUUUGCAGUGCCUCAUGCCACUUUGCGCGAUGGUCUACGUUGUAGUGCCAAUAAAGCCUAUUUGCGCCCUGUGUGGCGACGCCCCAAUUUGGAUAUUUUGCUUAGGGCAUUUGUUAAUAAAAUUAUAAUAAAUCCGCAUACAAGACAAGCGAAAGGGGUUGUGUUUGAACGUUAUGGCUUACGGUAUGUUGUACAUGCUACACAUGAAGUAAUACUUUCUGCUGGUAGUAUUGCUAGUCCACAAUUGUUAAUGUUAUCAGGUGUAGGACCAGCAGAACAACUCGAAGCACAUGACAUUAAUGUAAUACGUAAUGCACCUGGUGUUGGUAUUAAUCUGCAAGAUCAUGUUUCAUGUUCUGGUGCUACUUACACGAUAGACAAUCAUGUCACUGGACACAGACUGUCCUUUAUAGUUCCAGAAAUGUUGACAGUUAAGUCUGUGGAAAAUUUCUUAUUCAAAUCUACUGGCUUCUUUUAUGCAAUGGCUGUUUGUGAAGUCAUGGGUUUUAUAAAUACUAAAUAUCAAGAUCCGCAAGUGGAUUGGCCAGAUGUGCAAGUAUUUAUGGGCAGUUAUGGUUACGGAGUAGAUGGCGGAUUGGUUGGACGGCGCGGUGCUUCCGUUUCACUAGAAAACUUUGUCGACGCAUUUGAACCUAUAGUAUAUAAGGAUACAUUCGUUAUUGCGCCACUGCUAAUGCGCCCAAAAAGUAGAGGUAGAAUUGAAUUACAAUCUAGAGAUGCAAAAGAUCAUCCGAAAAUUUUUCCGAAUUAUUUUGAUCACCCAAUUGAUAUGGCUGUAAUGGUAGAAGGUCUUAAAUUCUCACACAAAAUAGCACAAACUGCAAUUAUGUUGCACAUUAAUGCUACCUUAAAUAUUUACGAAUGGCGUAAUUGUCCAGAUACGGAGUACUUGAGUGAUGCAUUUUGGGAAUGUAUAGCACGUGUUUACACACAAACAAUAUAUCACCCAGUAGGCACCUGUAAAAUGGGUGUUCCAACCGAUCCCUUUGCAGUAGUUGAUCCAAGAUUACGUGUUUACGGUAUAAGAGGACUACGUGUUAUCGAUGCAAGUAUAAUGCCGACUAUCCCUACGGGAAAUACUAAUGCACCUACUUUGAUGAUUGCUGAAAAGGCUGCUGACAUGAUUAAGGAGGAUUGGCUUUAAUUGGCUUGGUUUCAUUACUAGCAACGUUUUAAAUUGCAAUUUCAUAGUAUAAAUAAUGAUUUUUAUUUUAUUGCUUAUA